CUACGCGGCCACACUCGCUUUUACAUUGUUUACGUGUAGUGUACACGCGGCUCAAUUGACGUUUGUGAUAACUUGCUCAAUUACUGUGUUUGUGUGCGAAAACUUGUUAGGUUGUGAGUGUGUGUGAAAAGUUUUGGAGAUUUUUAACAUAUCGAAAUAAAUAUCAAUCGCUUUUGCGCAUAUUUAUCGCAAAUCCUAUAUUUACGGUUUUGGAACAGUGUUCGAUCUAAUUGUUUAUGAGGCAGAAGUUUUAAGAAAAUGAAACUAUAUAAUGACUAGUCCUAGACGUUCAAAAAAGUAUGGCCAGUGUGUAAUACAACAAGUGGAUUGGGAUUCCCCGUCAACUGAAACUGGAACAGUCAAGAGAAGAUCUUCAUGUCCAGAAAAUUCUACAAGAACGACAAAUGUAGCACAAGAUGUUAUAACUGAAACUACUACACCUUCGGACACAAGUAGCGGUACCUCAAAAAGCCUCAAUGGAGAUGACAAGACUGAUUCUCUAGUAGAAAUAGAACAAAGAAUAUCGUGUAUCAUUAAUGAAAAUAGAACAUCACAAAGUAACUCUGAAAGCGAUAUUGAUAUUUUGAUUGAAGGUAUUUUGGAUGAUUCCUCCGAGGGCAAUUUAGUAGGAAGUCAGCAUGAUGUCAGGAAAUCUGAUCGCAGUAAAACUUUUAUUAAGUCUGAAGACAUUUCAACAAAAGAAAAAGUUCAAAACACUAAGAAUGAAGACAUAUCAAUACCUAAAAAGAUUAAGGAGCGGAAACAUAAUGCUUCUGUAUCAAUUAAAAAGAUAAAUAAAACCUCAGAUAUUCUAAGAAAAAGCGGUGCAUCCAGAGAAACCCUUAAAACAGAGAGUAAAUCAAGUGUUCUUCCCAUUUACAGAGCUACAGUACAAUCUAGUUAUUUAGAAUUAGGUGAAGAUAAGCAAAAAAAUAAAGUUAUAUCCAAGUUGAAGUUACCAUUUUCACCGUCAAAAGCAAUGGAUAAACCAAAGAUUCAUUUUUUACACGAAAGAACUAAUAUUAAAGAGACUAAACCAUCAUCGCUAUUAGCUUCACCUGUCCGGAGAACAAUAUCAAAUGAGUAUGUGCGACUUAAAUUCACAAAUGAUACCGUGAUGCGAAGGACUAUAGAUGGUAAAUCAAUACCAAAAAUAACCCCAAAAAUUCAAUCGAUUAUUCCCGAAAGCCCAAUAGACAGUGAGGAUCCUUUUCUUAAUUUAAGCCCAAAUAAAAAAUAUACGGUAACUGUAAAUAACAAAGUGAGAUGUGAUAAAGAUAAUUACGUUAUAUUUGAUCCGAAAACGGGGUUUAGCUCCACUCAAACUUUAAAAUCAUCAAGAAUUCCCGCUAAAUCAACUUCAAUCGAGAAAUCAAAGAUUCCACUAAAAUCGCCGCCAGGUGAACAUUCGGCCAGUGUGUCUAAAUUUACAAGUGCUAGUGAUACCGAUAGCGGUAUAUUAUCUUUAAAUUCACCAAGUGAUGUGAAGAAGCCAGCAUAUUACGUGAAUGCUGCAGUGUUUAGUGAAACAGCCAAGAAAAGUGCAGCAGAUUUGGAUAUUACAAUCGUUGAUCCAUCAGUGGCGAAAAAGGCAACUGAUCAAAUAAAAAUUUAUACAGAUUGGGCGAAUCAUUAUCUAGAGCGAGCGCGGUCGCGCCGCCGGGCCGGCACCUCCGGGGGCGGCUUGGCGCGCGACUGCGCUGAUGGUUUGCUGCUCGCCGACGUGCUGGAAGGAGUCACUGGACAGAAGGUUCCACGAGCACACCGCAAACCGCGGAGCCCGCAACAAAUGUUGGAGAACGUGCAGUGCUGUUUAGAUUUCCUUCAUGCACAAAAAGUUCAGGGGUUGGAACAAGUUACGGCUGUUGAUAUCCGUGAUGCCAAGCUAAAAGCAGUUCUUGCGUUAUUUUUUGCAUUGAGUAGACAUAAACAAGCGUCCAAACAAAGAAUAACGCCACCUACCGGCUACGCUGGAAAUGCCGCUAAGGGCUCAAAUGAAGAUGUUGCGUUAAAUUCCGUCCAACGAAUCACAGGUGGCAGCAGUGGAGAUGAUAUUUUAACAACUUGCGGCAAUAACAUCGAUAUGACUACUUUAACCGCUAACAGGCAAGUCUCCGUGCUGCAGACGUCGAUACCGCUGCCAGCUUCAGCGGCCGCGGUGAGACGUGCGCCGCCGGACAAACGACCACUGCCAGCCACCCCUGUUCACGGUGGGAAAAGUGGUUUGUCCGCAAGUUCAAGCCGUUCAACAAGCCCACUGGGACAUGGCGCAGUCAGUUUCAUACCUCGGGCACCAGCUUCAUCAUCUGGGUCAAGGCCGAACUCCUCUCUAUUAACACCUGGCAGUAAGAUCCCGUCAUCGUUGUCCACUCAAACGCAACAACAUUCCCCCAAUGUAUCGAAUCAUAAUGGAACGCCAACCAAGCAGUCCAUGUUAGAUAAAUUAAAAUUAUUUAAUAAGGAUAAAGUUAGUGCAGAAAAACAAAACAGUAAAAGCUCCGCCGUUUCGAAACGCACAAGCUCGUCCAGCGGCUUUUCUUCGGCAAAAAGUGAGAGAUCCGAUUCUAGUUUAAGUUUAAAUGAAUCAUCACAUAUUCCAAAUUCACAUAUUAAAUCAAACUUAGUUGGUCCUAAAAAUGUGAGGCAUCAAAAUGAUACAUUGAAUAAAGAUAAGAGCGGGAAAAGCGUGAAAUCCAAACUAGUAGGAUCGAAACCAGUUAAAGAGACAUCAAUGAAUUUGAGCAAAGUAAACCCUAAGUCUAAUAAUAAUGAGAAGUCUCGAAACAGUCCUAAGCUACCCGCUAGAGAUAAAGAAUCCAAGUUGGCUGCUCCAAAAUCCGUUAGUAAUACAAAAUUAAAUGUAAUUGAAGACAACUCUAGAAUAUCAAAGCCAAAAUUAGAAUCAAAAAUGGUUAAAUUGUCGGGCAGUCAAGCGAAAUUGAGUGAUCCGCGAGCAGAUAAUACGACUGAAGGAAAACAUACUGAUAACUCCUCGAAAGUUUCAAAUAAUCCUGCCCAAUCACCUUCUCCAACGGGAGGACAAAAUGUUCCAUUACAAAAUCAUACUGGCAUCCCAAAGCCUACAGCCGCUGUAAAAGGAACAUCGAAGGUCUCUAAAGACGACAGGCACGUUAUACAAAAGAAUACAACUACACAGUUGAGUCCAAUCCAAAGUAACUCAAGUUUGAACUCCACAAAUAAUGUUGGCACUUUACCAUUUACUAGAGAACAGUCUAAUUUAAAUAAAGAAACAUCUCAAAAGCAAACACUAGCUGUUUCACCAAUGCCGAUGGUAAAUUCUGCAAGUCAAAAUCCAUCUUCUCAGAUGUCUGAAAGUUCACAUUCCAAUUCUACACAUAGUACAACAGGCCAACAGUCCAAUUCAAGUGACGGAAGCGUAAUAUACAGACCAUCCAGUGAGUCUGGAUCAGAAAUAUCAAAAAGUAAUGUAUCAUCUAAUAGGAAAAUGGACAUGAAUGCGACAUAUAUAAGUAAUGUCAUCAAUGAAGCUGAAAUAUCUGAAAAAGAAGCAGCUCAAAAAAGAAUUCUAACUAGCCCAAGUGUAAAACAAAUGUUUGACCAAAACAAAACACUCACAGAGGCUGAUAGAAAUGAUAGUCGUUCUAGUACUCCAUCUCACUGUAGAGAUAAUUCAUUAGGUGAAGAUGAAAACCCAUUAAUGAACGUAAUGCCAAUGAGACCUUUGUUACGAGGAUACAAUAGCCAUUUAACAUUACCAAUGAGAACUUCGGGUUUAGCACAAAAAAACGUAACUGGUUAUCCUCAUCAUGCUAAUACUGUAAAAGCUAAUUUUGGCAGAGAAAACGUAGGGUUACGCGAACGCCUUAACUUCAGCCCUGGAUUUUCUAAUCCCGAUUACUGUGAUUUAGAAAUAGCGUCUGGAUAUAUGUCUGAUGGGGACUGUUUGCGAAGAAUUAAUGUAAAUGAAAUGGAUUGUGGUCGGAGCAAUGAUAUAAUGGACGGCUACAUGUCAGAAGGCGGCGCGUCCCUAUACGGUCGUCGCAUGAACUACCAGCAGCCCUCGCAACUUCAACAGUUAGAUGAAAGACGCGGUGGAGCUCGUAAUAGAAAUAUGGAAGGAGGAAGCGGAGUAGUAUAUCGUGUGGUGGGAAGAACUCGAAGUAAAGCCGAUUGUGGACAGCAGACUGAAAGGCAGCCGCCAGCACCUCGCCAGGAUACAACGUGGAAGAAGUAUACCGAUUCACCAGGAGUUGGAGCACCACCUUUGAACCAGCCGCCAGCGCCGCCGAGUCCCUCGCACAGCCGCAAGAGCGAGAGGCGCGCGGGCCACCACUCGCCGCAGCACAAGCGCGAGAAGCUGACGGCCGCCCAACAACUUGGCAUCGCGCCACACCCUCAGUACCCCUCUGCCAAUGCGCCUAAUCAACAUGGACCAAGGGGCGGCGGUGCACAGCUCCAGUCACCAAGCGGGGGAUCCCGCCCGUCCAGCGUGUCGAGCGGCAACGGCAGCAACUCGUCGGGUAAAGCGAAGGCGCCACAAAACUUCGGCUACGUCAAGAGACAGAACGGCGCGCAGCAGCCGCCGCCUCUGCCGGCAAAUGGACCACCACAGCAUCCACAUGGUGGAAGAACUGCACAAGUUUCGGCUGUGCCACGGACAAAAGUUAAGGUCUCUGGAGGAACACAGACUUGUACACAAGAUUUGCAAAUUCAUAAGAACGGCAUAGGUCCGAAGUCGUACUCGCUGCAAGGCAGCACGGCGGCGCAGCUGUCGGCGUCGGUGCGCGAGCGGCUGCUCGGCUCGCAGUCGCUGCCCAAGCCCGGGACACACGAGUUCGCGGCCUUGUUCCACCAUCAUAGAAUAACACCUCGAGGUGGAAUGAAGAUCAGCGAUGGAAGUCUAUCUGAUACUCAAACUUACUCUGAAGUGAAAUCAGAUUAUGGAAUUCCUUAUGCGCCAUGGCUGAGACACAGCAACACAUAUUCGGCAAGCGGGCGACUUUCGGAAGGCGAGUCCAUGGAGUCUCUGACGUCACUGCACUCGGCGCAGACCCACAACCACACAUCAUCACCUAACUCACACCACCGCAGCUCACUCACACACAAUAAGCUCAUCAUGCAUCGAGACGCUCAGACGUCCCGCCUUAACAGAAGCAACAGCAUUAGGUCGACCAAGUCAGAAAAAUUAUACCCUUCAAUGCUACAACGGUCUUCUGAGAGUGAUUAUGAGCCAUAUUACUGUUUGCCCGUUCAAUAUGGACCAGGAGGACAAGGUCUAAACUACGGGGUAUCAGAACCGCCAUCCCCCUCCCCCCGCUCGGCGCUAAGCCCCACGCACCAGCCCGCCGCUGUCAUACACACGCCCAGACACUCACACCACUAUCCUAAGAAAAAUGAUGAAGUGCACGGCUCGACCGCGUCCCUGGUGUCGACUGCGUCGUCGCUUGCGGCCGGCGCCGGCGCCGACGAGAGACACGCGCAUGAGGUAAAUACGCCUGUUCGCAAGUUACGGAGAGAGUUGGCGGAUGCGAAAGAAAAAGUUCACACUCUCACAACGCAGCUCACUACAAAUGCGCAUGUUGUAUCCGCCUUCGAGCAAAGCCUCUCGAAUAUGACCCAACGGCUACAGCAGUUGACAGCGACUGCAGAGAGAAAGGACUCAGAACUAACGGAGCUUCGCCAAACCAUCGAGCUUCUUCGAAAGCAGUCCAUUCAAGCCGGUCUGACCACAGCGCACAUGCAGUCCAUGGGCAUUCGGGCGGACGGAGUCAAUGUUACAGGCCAGGAUCCCACACCAUCACAAACUCAGCAAUCGUCCCCACAACGUCUCGCGCAAGCAAGCAACGGGGCGAUUACGAGACACCUUUCAACUGAUAGUGUUUCUAGUAUCAACAGCCUGAGUAGUGGAUCGUCAGCACCACACGAUAAAAAACAUAAAAAGAAGGGUUGGUUAAGAUCAUCUUUCACAAAAGCUUUCUCGCGAAAUGCAAAGAUUUCGAAAACGGCGAAGCAUGCGUCCCUGGGGCAAUUGUCGUCGCAAGACAGUUCAUCGGGCUCACAUCACUACGACGACCCACACACAAUUAGAGAAGGAAGCAACGAGAACAGUCUGGAACAUUCCCACGAAACGCUCGACAAUUCAAAAGACAAGACGACAUGCCCCGCGGAUAAACCCGAAGAACAAACCAAAGAUAAGCAAGAUCAAUCGAUAGUGGAUGAAUUAAAGAGACAACUCCGAGAGAAAGACUUAGUAUUAACAGAUAUACGAUUAGAAGCUCUCAGUUCGGCGCAUCAACUAGAAAGUCUUAAAGAUACGGUCAUCAAAAUGAGGAACGAGAUGCUUAACUUAAAACAAAACAACGAGCGUCUGCAGAGGCUAGUAACAUCAAGAUCUUUAGCGGGCAGUCAAAGUUCUUUAGGAACUGGCGGUUCGGCGGUAGAGGAUCCUAGAAGGUUCAGUCUUGCCGAUCAAGCUACAAUGCAUCAGGCCACGAUGGAUAUGCAUUCACAACCGUUAGACCUCGAUUUCAACUGCAUAACAUCCACUCCGGCGAGAGAUAAAAAAGGUUCUCCAAAAUCAAGUAUGGUGGAACCGAUAUAUGGAAACAAUGCUGCGUGCGAAUUAAACGAGAAUGGCGAAACAAUGCUUGGAGCGUUGAAUGGUUCCAGUGAUAUAUUUACUAAUGGACUCAGUAGUGGUGAUAGAAUGAGCGGAGAUUACGAUAUCAACAGUGUUCUCCCUCCGCCGAAAACACGAGAACUGGCGAUCGGGGAAAGCUAUUCAGAUAUCGGCGUAGCCGACAGCCAAGGAGAUACCACCGAUGGGAAGAAAAUAGCAAUAGCGGUUUAUUUAGGACAGCCGGAAACAUUCCAGAGAUAUUUCGAAGAAGUUCAAGAUACGCUUACAGAAUCUGAAUGUAGAUUUUACGCAAAACAGUCGGCGAGCGCGUACAACAAUCACUUUGAGAAACAAUCCAGUUUCGAUUCCCCGCGAAUGUCACAGAAUCACAGUCCAGAAAUAGAAACCCAAGACUACCCUCAAUCUAUAAAUAAAUCAAACACUAAUAGCCUUAAGAGUAACAAGUCGACACAUAGCAAUUCCUAUAAACACGUGUACAAUAGUGAUUCGACGAUAAACUGCAAUGAGUUUACUAUAGCUUACACGUAUAUUUCUGGGAAAACGACAUGGCAAAACUUAGAUUAUAUAGUGCGAAAGACAUUCAAGGAUUAUCUGUCAAGGAUAGAUCCGGGGACAAACCUCGGCCUCAAUACGGACUCGAUCACGUCGUAUCACUUGGGAGAGGCCACUCGAGGCCCUGAGAUCGGCUUUCCUGAAUUGCUCCCUUGUGGAUACAUAAUAGGCACUGUGAAUACUCUGUACAUUUGCUUGCAAGGUGUUGGAAGUUUGGCCUUUGAUAGCCUUAUACCAAAAAACAUUGUUUAUCGAUACGUUUCGCUGCUAUCGGAACACCGGCGCGUGAUCCUGUGCGGGCCGAGCGGCACCGGGAAGUCGUACUUAGCGGCGAAACUCGCCGAGUUCUACGUGCAGCGCACGCAGCGGAGGGGAAAUCCCGCUGAGGCGGUGGCCACUUUCAACGUGGACCGCAAGUCAUGCAACGAGGUGCGCGCGUACCUCGCGAACAUCGCGGAGCAGUGCGGCGCGGCGGCGGGCGGCGACGAGGCGGCGCUGCCGUCCGUCGUCGUGCUCGACAACCUGCACCACGCCUCCGCGCUCGGCGACGCCUUCGCCGCGCUGCUGCCGCCGGAUAACCGCGACAUGCCCGUUAUCAUUGGCACAAUGUCCCAAGCAACAUGCAAUACGACGAACCUGCAACUACAUCACAACUUCAGAUGGCUACUUACUGCAAAUCACAUGGAACCCGUCAAAGGAUUCUUGGCUCGGUACCUCCGGAGGAAGCUGUUCUCGCUAGAGCUGCGGUUGGGGCGGCGCGAGCCGGCGCUGGCGGCCGUGCUGGAGUGGCUGCCGGGCGUGUGGGCCGCGCUCAACGCCUUCCUCGAGGCGCACUCCUCCAGUGACGUCACCGUCGGCCCACGGCUCUUCCUCGCCUGCCCCAUGGACCUGGAGGCUAGUCAGGCGUGGUUCGCGGACGUAUGGAACUACAGCAUCGUGCCGUACGCGUCGGAGGCGGUGCGCGAGGGCGUGGCGCUGUACGGGCGGCGGCGGCACGCGGCGCUCGACCCGCUGCACCACGUCAAGUCGUCCUACCCGUGGCGGGAGCCCAACCACUCGCACACCUUAAGGCCGAUAACGGUGGAAGAUAUGAACAUUGAAGAGGGAAGCCAGGACACCAGCGCUAAUAACAAUCAAGAUCCAUUGUUAAACAUGUUAAUGCGUCUGCAAGAAGCGGCCAACUACAGCGGCAACCAAAGUCAAGACUCGGACAACGCGAGCAUGGACUCGAAUCUCACGCACGACAGCUCUAUGGGCAACGAGCUCUAACUUUAUAUUAUCGCCUUACUUUCUAUUAAACGAACAAUAAAACAAUUCGACUUAAUAUUCCUAUUUAUUUGUUUAGGCGUUCAUUCUUGUUAGCCAAUGCGUGUAAAAAUGGCAUAAAUACGACGACUAUGAGUGACUGUCAGAUCUUCAUCUGAUUCGAAGUUUCUACCUUCCUUACCUUGUAUCAGUGUGUUAUUGAUGUUUAAAUAAUUGAACUGAAGCUGGGAAAUAUUGGUCUAUCGUCUUUUUUGAAUACACUGAUUAUUUCUAUUAGAUAAUUGUAAUAUAAACAUUAUUUUCCAGCUUUGGCCAUUUGGUAUCGUAUCGCUUUAAUUUUUCCGUUUGUAUUUUAAAUGUUUAUUGACAAAUAUAUGCGCUUUAAACCUAACACACUUUACCUAUUUACAUGAUUAUUUAUGUGUAGGUAAUAAACCUUAGAGUUAAUGAAAAAUAAUGAUUUAAGCUACAGAAUAUCCAUUAAGGAUUCAAUUUCAAAAAACUUUAUUUAGAAAAAUACUUCAAAUCACUUCAAGUACCAAAUAUAUUCGAACUAUACAACUCUGAGGUUUUGUAAAAUAAUCAAUUGUAUAAAAGUAAGAAAAGAAUCUAGUGCAUUUAUUUUCGAGUGUGAAACUAGGCGAUAUACAAAGCCAAAUAUUUGCCAUAUAUGUAAAUUUUUAUUUAUUUAUCUGUUAGCCUUGUUUAGUAUUUUGUAAGUAUAUUCUAAUGUUAAAUACUCUCAAGAAAUCAAAUUAUUUCCAAGGAAAGGAUUUGCUCUGCAUAUUUGUGGACGAUAGCAAAUACUAAAAGCAAGAGUCGUAGCCUUUCUACUAUUAUUGUAUUUUCGUUGCAACUUUUCAUAGUAAAUUUUUUAACGCUUUCGUUAAAAAGUUUAAUACGAUAGUCUAUGAAUUCAUGAAAAAUACUCUACUGCAGUGCCUGGAGCGAUAUAAUUCCAUUGUGAGAUACAGACAGCGUUUAACUGUCCCUGUUUGUAAUGAAGCAUUGGCUUUUACUAUUGUUAUAUUUUUCAAAGUUAGAAUAUUGACGCGAUUGCAUUACUUGGAUGUAAUGUGUGUAUAUUAUUAUGAAAGUGUAAUUUUUAUACCAUUUUCAUAUAAAACUCAUGUACCUAAAAUGUUAAGGUGUAAAUACGAUAAAAAUGUUUAAUAUAAUUUUUUUUUCUACGUGAUUACACUAACCGCUAUUAUGCCAUAUACAGUAUAGUAUUAAUUUUGUAUAGAAAUGUAACUUAUGUUACUGUGUUCGGUAUGGAUUGACUUGUGUGCAUAAAAAACGUGAUAUCUACAAUCUAUGCUUUACAUAAAUUGUGAAAAAUAAACUUUGAUUACAUAUAA